AUGACGCCGGAAGAGCAGAAGUUUGUUAUCGGCAUUCCAUUGGUCUUAAUCUUCUGCGGAAUAUGGUUUGUUACAGACCUAUAUCGUGAGCUACUUUUAAUAAAGGACCAUAGAUCAUCGUCGCAAGCCAGGAACUACAUAUGCAGCUGCAACCAUAGUCCGGACUAUCUCGAAGAUCUCGAGAAAGCACUUAGUAAAACCAAGUGCAAGCAUAUUAUAACCAUCUAUACCAAUGUUAAGGAUUAA